CCACAAUUUAGAUAGUUUAGAGGAUUUGAGAUCUAUUGUUGAUAUUAUUACGGAUCUGUAAAUUCUUCUCUAUCUUUGUACAUGGGUUGCGCCCCUCUGGCACUCUACCUUUAAUAUAUUUUCUCCUACUUUUAUCUCAAAAAAAAAAUGUUAACUUCCCAACCCCCCUCCGUAUAAUAUGAGAAAAACUUAUGAAUGUACCUGUUUUGACAGCAAAUGUUCAAGGCUUAGUGUCUAGAGGAAAAUUGACACGGGAUAAGGCAGAGAAAGCUCUCUCAAUGCUAAAAGGAGUAACUGACUAUUCAGAAUUUAACGAUGUGGACAUGGUCAUAGAGGCUGUCAUUGAAAAUGUUCCGUUGAAACAAAAAAUAUUUAGUGAGAUUGAAAAGAUCUGCCCUCCCCACUGCCUUUUGGCGACGAACACAUCUACCAUUGACCUCAAUCUAGUCGGGGAAAAGACCAAUGCAAAAGAUCGCAUAAUUGGGGCCCAUUUUUUCAGUCCAGCUCAUGUGAUGCCUCUUCUGGAGAUUGUGCGUACAGACAAAACUUCUGCUCAAGUAAUUCUAGAUCUAAUGACAGUUGGAAAAACCAUAAAGAAGGUUCCUGUUGUGGUUGGUAAUUGCACUGGCUUUGCAGUCAAUCGGACAUUCUUCCCUUACUCCCAAAGUGCACACCUUUUGAUCAACCUAGGUGUUGAUGUGUUCAGAAUUGACCGGGUGAUCAGCAGUUUCGGCUUCCCUGUUGGUCCUUUUAUGUAAACUUCUUCUCCUAGUGCCGUUUUUACAUUGAAUAAUUUUGUCUUAAUUUGAUACUAGGUUAUCUUUUGUCAUUAACUAAAAGAGGAACGAAUAUGAUUGGGGGGAAUUAUUCCUGUAAUAUAUGUUCUUUCUCCAAUUCCUUCAGUUGAAAAUCAUUUUUCCUAUCCAUCACUGUUACUGAGUAUAAUUAUCCAAAUUCAAGCA